AUGGUCGAGGUUAUGGACGAGGUUAUAGACGAGGUUAUAGACGAGGUUAUGGACGAGGUUAUAGACGAGGUUAUGGACGAGGUUAUGGACGAGGUUAUGGACGAGGGUAUAGACGAGGUUAUAGACGAGGUUAUGGACGAGGUUAUAGACGAGGUUAUGGACGAGGUUAUAGACGAGGUUAUAGACGAGGUUAUGGACGAGGUUAUGGACGAGGUUAUGGACGAGGUUAUAGACGAGGUUAUGGACGAGGUUAUGGACGAGGUUAUAGACGAGGUUAUGGACGAGGUUAUGGACGAGGUUAUGGACGAGGUUAUAGACGAGGUUAUAGAUGAGGUUAUAGACGAGGUUAUAGACGAGGUUAUAGACGAGGUUAUAGACGAGGUUAUAGACGAGGUUAUAGAUGAGGUUAUAGACGAGGUUAUAGACGAGGUUAUAGACGAGGUUAUAGACGAGGUUAUAGAUGAGGUUAUAGAUGAGGUUAUAGACGAGGUUAUAGACGAGGUUAUAGACGAGGUUAUAGACGAGGUUAUAGAUGAGGUUAUAGACGAGGUUAUGGACGAGGUUAUAGACUGGGUUAUAGACGAGGUUAUGGACGAGGUUAUAGACUGGGUUAUAGACGAGGUUAUAGACGAGGUUAUAGACGAGGUUAUAGACGAGGUUAUAGACGAGGUUAUAGAUGAGGUUAUAGACGAGGUUAUGGACGAGGUUAUAGACUGGGUUAUAGACGAGGUUAUGGACGAGGUUAUAGACUGGGUUAUAGACGAGGUUAUGGACGAGGUUAUAGACUGGGUUAUAGACGAGGUUAUAGACGAGGUUAUAGACGAGGUUAUAGACGAGGUUAUGGACGAGGUUAUAGACGAGGUUAUGGACGAGGUUAUGGACGAGGUUAUGGACGAGGUUAUGGACGAGGGUAUAGACGAGGUUAUAGACGAGGUUAUGGACGAGGUUAUAGACGAGGUUAUGGACGAGGUUAUAGACGAGGUUAUGGACGAGGUUAUGGACGAGGUUAUGGACGAGGUUAUGGACGAGGUUAUAGACGAGGUUAUGGACGAGGUUAUGGACGAGGUUAUAGACGAGGUUAUGGACGAGGUUAUGGACGAGGUUAUGGACGAGGUUAUAGACGAGGUUAUAGAUGAGGUUAUAGACGAGGUUAUAGACGAGGUUAUAGACGAGGUUAUAGACGAGGUUAUAGACGAGGUUAUAGAUGAGGUUAUAGACGAGGUUAUAGACGAGGUUAUAGACGAGGUUAUAGACGAGGUUAUAGAUGAGGUUAUAGAUGAGGUUAUAGACGAGGUUAUAGACGAGGUUAUAGACGAGGUUAUAGACGAGGUUAUAGAUGAGGUUAUAGACGAGGUUAUGGACGAGGUUAUAGACUGGGUUAUAGACGAGGUUAUGGACGAGGUUAUAGACUGGGUUAUAGACGAGGUUAUAGACGAGGUUAUAGACGAGGUUAUAGACGAGGUUAUAGAUGAGGUUAUAGACGAGGUUAUGGACGAGGUUAUAGACUGGGUUAUAGACGAGGUUAUAGACGAGGUUAUAGACUGGUGA